AUGAUCGAAGCCGCAAUCUCAAAUGGCGCCCCUAUCGCCGAGGACAACAUCAUCAACCGCCGCGGCGGUGAGGGAAUCUAUCAGAGCUGUGGCAAUCUAAAGAAGCGGCUGGCCGAAGUCCCCAAUUUCGAACCCCAUAUGCGUGAGAUGGAGGAGGAGGACCGGACGCAGGGAAUUACCGACCCCGUGGCCUCGUUAUGGAAUUGCCUCCGCAAUGGCUAUCCGUUGUUGACCAUUUACAAUGCUUCCGGUCCCGAUGAAUUGCUCGAAGUUCCCGAAAAGGUCGCCGAGGCCAAACGCCCCAAGGCCGCCACCUUCAAGUUUCUUCAGGCUUGCUUGCAGGAGUUGGCCUUCCCCCAGCAGGACUGCUUUCUGAUCACCGAUCUGUAUGGAGACAGCACAACCGGUUUCAUCAAGGUUAUCAAGAUGGUCAAUCGUGUCUUGGACAUCCUGGAGAUGCAGGGCCAGCUCAAGCGACCGUCCGAGGUUCAGACAGGUGCCCCCGCAAAAGGCACAGGGGUUAAAUUGACCAAGAGGGAACACAUUCUUAAGGAGCUGCUGGAAACCGAGCGCGACUACGUUCAUCAUCUUCAGAAUCUGCAGGCCCUCAAAAAGGAGUUGGAAGAGACCGGUGCUCUAACGGGGGAUGCUAGCCAUCAGAUUUUCCUGAACUUGAACAACCUUCUUGAUUUUGCCCAACGAUUCCUUAUCCGCAUGGAACAACACUACGCUUUGCCCGAGGAAAUGCAGAACUGGGGCGAGCUUUUCAUCCAACACGAAGAGGGUUUCGCACAGUACGAACCGUUCAUUUCGAACCAGAUGCGCUGCGACGCAGUUUGUUUAAAGGAGUGGGACAAGAUAAGAGCCGCCCCAAGACCCCUGGAUCUUCAACAAAUGGUUGCCCAACCUUCUACCCUUAAUGGAUUCUUUGUCAAGCCCUUUCAGCGGUUGACCAAAUAUCCACUUAUGCUCACAGAAUUGCGCAAGCAAACAGAAAAUGAGGACCUUAAAACUGAUAUUUUAAGGGCGAUCGAUACCAUUCAGGUUGUGCUGGAUUCUGCAAAUGAUGCAAUCGAUAAAGAACACCUAGCCUCUGCAGUCGUCGACCUUGCAGACCGGGUGGAUGACUGGAAAACACUCAAAGUCGAUACAUUUGGCGAGCUACUCCGCUUUGGCACAUUCACUGUCUUGAAGGGCGACAAUGGCAAGGAGUCCUCAGAAAGAGAGGUUUGUACCCUAUCUGUCACCCACGUUUAUGAAGAUUUUUGGCCCGCGAGCGUUGCCCACCGCGCAGAGUUUGGAUUGCACAUAAAAUUGGAGUUCACCAAGCCCAAGCACUCUUCCCAUGUGGUUUCUAAAGAUUCCGCCUCUCCCAUUGCUUAUCCCAACCCGAGGAUCUAUGCACCCUGGCUCAGAGAUUCAGUCAAGAGCCUUCCCGAAUCAUCUAGCUCAUCGAACCCCUCCCUAAAUCAUGGCCCUAUACCUUCCUCUGACCAUAAUGGUUUGAGCGUUUUGAAGGACAUAUGCCCACAGCCCCAUGAUAAAUCCGCAGCUUCCCUUCAAACCAGAGAGUUACAAGAAUUGACCUUGGCCAAGGAAAAGCUCGGUGAUUCAUCUGGCAAGCGCAAAGAGAACAGUUCCUACCGGAUUCAGAUCUUCUGGAAAGGUGACCCCGGUGUGGUGGACAACUUCAUCAUACGCUACACAAAUGAAGACAUAAUGCGCAAAUGGUACAAGGAAAUCGACAACCAACGAGCAAUUCAAGCAGAACAACGCAGUGCCCGAAACACCGGUACAUCUGAAACCGAGUUCAUGUACAUGAGAGGCAUUACGAACAUGCCGAACCCUUACCAGCAGGAAUACGAUGCCGAAGAGCAGGCAACCAAGGAGGCCGCGUUCUUUUCCGAAUUUCCGAUGAGCCGAAAUGCCUCAAGUACUAGUCUUAGAACUCGAUCCGCCACAGGAGGAAGUGGCAGUUCCAACCCCCUUUCGGCUGCUCGACCCCCUCGCUUCCCGAUCCCCGAUCCAAACUUGUCCGUGCACACUCAAUUCGCCAAUGGAAGCAUGUCACCCGCAGAAAGGAAUGCCAACUCCUACUUUUCACCCGUCGCCGAGACCCCAUCCACAAGGUCAAGCUCCCAGUCAGCUGGGUAUACCUAUGGCCGCCAAGCGACACCAUCCAACACCUGGAACGAGGAACCAAACCGAUACACCGCCCCUGCAGUGUCUCGCGGUGCGUCGAGAGAUGGUGCCAGUUCCAACCCCUACUUCAAUACGCCCAAUGGACGGUCUGCACAGCGCCCUUCUCUACCCCCUAUGUCUGGGCCCCAAAGCCAGGCGGCGGCCAACGGCCUGGCACAGAGGAUGCGCUCUGCAAGUAGCCCAGAUAUCCAUAAUCACCACAAUCCUGAAUCGCGUCGGUACAUGGGAGCCCACACGAUGCAGACGGUCGAUAACGUCCCUGUCCCACCAAUCCCUGCCCACAUGGCCAACAUGAAGGCGCCUGUAAACCGAAGCCAAACCAACUCGCCAACGAAUGGCAACCUUCCUAUUCGUGCGCAUCCUGACCAGCGGAAUACCCCUACUCAUUUCCACGAGCCUCAAUAUUCAGAGACCAGGACUACACCGCCAGCUUCUGAGCAGCCCACUUCCCCAUUGACUCAUGAACCGGGUGAAGAACCAUUUAUGCCUACUCAGCUCAAAGCAAAGGUAAAUUUUGAUGACAAUUACGUGACUUUGGUCAUUGCCAGCAAUAUCUUGUUCCGUUCCCUGACAGACCGGGUCGACGCCAAACUGGCCAGGUUUACCAAUAAAUCUAUUGGCAACAAAUCUGUCCGGCUGCGCUACCGGGAUGAGGACGGUGAUUAUGUGACUAUCGACAGUGACGAGGCUGUUCAGCUGGCGUUCAUGGAAUGGCGAGAAGAGCACCGUGACAUGCUCGCCAAGGGCCAGGUGGGGGAAAUUCAACUUUAUUGUCAAGCGGUUGAGAAUUAG